AUGAGUAUUCUCAACGUUACACAAAAACCUCUUGUUGAUAAUUCUAUUACAGAACUAGAGUAUCACACUUAUCAACCUUUUAUCAAUUCCAACUUUGACUACAACGAUGAAAUUCGCAUUGCUGUUCAAGAACUAGAUGCCUAUACCAUCCCGUCACAAAGUCUUUUGUAUCCCGAAGGAGAAUUAACCAAAGCCGAUGGAACUGCUGUUACUACUAAAAACGCUGAUGGAACUACUGUUACAACUCUGCAAUUAAUCAAUAACGCUUUUGCUUUUCUGUUCCGUGAGCUCCGUUAUGAACUGAACGGAGUUGUAGUCGAUUCCGUUCGAAAUGUUGGCCUUACCUCCACCCUUAAAGGGUAUCUGUCUUUUAAUGAAAAUGAGAGUUCACGCUUGCAAAAUGCUGGCUGGUUCCCAAAAGACACUUUUAUUUCUGAGUCUGGCAAGUUCAAUGUUUGUAUUCCUUUAAGCAUGUGGAGGGGUUCUUUGAAGACUAUCGAAAAAUUCUCCUCAAUAUGA